GAGAGACCUCAACUUUUUGCAGAAGGAGCGCGCGCGCCUGGGAGAGCUCGGGGUCCGGCGCUUGCGGUAGGAGCCACGAGCCGGAGAGAGGGGUCCCGGGCUGCCUCGACCGCCGUCGCCACCGCCUCUCCUGUCGCGACCGCAGCUCCCACCGCGCCGGCGGCCGUCGCCGCCGAAGCCACCACAGCCGCUGUGUGCAGCCUGGAAGGGGGGGCGGGGGGGAGGGGGGGAGCCGCGAAAGCGGGGUGCCGAGGACUUUGCAACUUGCCCAGGAAGGUGGAGGGGUGGGAGGGGGAGGGGGACCUCCGCACGAGACCCAGCGGCCCGGGUUGGAGCGUCCAGCCCUGCAGCGGAUCAUGGUGCAGCAGGCGGAGAGCUUGGAAGCGGAGAGCAACCUGCCCCGGGAGGCGCUGGACACGGAGGAGGGCGAAUUCAUGGCUUGCAGCCCGGUGGCCCUGGACGAGAGCGACCCAGACUGGUGCAAGACGGCGUCGGGCCACAUCAAGCGGCCGAUGAACGCGUUCAUGGUAUGGUCCAAGAUCGAACGCAGGAAGAUCAUGGAGCAGUCUCCGGACAUGCACAACGCCGAGAUCUCCAAGAGGCUGGGCAAGCGCUGGAAAAUGCUGAAGGACAGCGAGAAGAUCCCGUUCAUCCGGGAGGCGGAGCGGCUGCGGCUCAAGCACAUGGCCGACUACCCCGACUACAAGUACCGGCCCCGGAAAAAGCCCAAAAUGGACCCCUCGGCCAAGCCCAGCGCCAGCCAGAGCCCAGAGAAGAGCGCGGCCGGCGGCGGCGGCGGGAGCGCGGGCGGAGGCGCGGGCGGUGCCAAGACCUCCAAGGGCUCCAGCAAGAAAUGCGGCAAGCUCAAGGCCCCCGCGGCCGCCGGCGCCAAGGCGGGCGCGGGCAAGGCGGCCCAGUCCGGGGACUACGGGGGCGCGGGCGACGACUACGUGCUGGGCAGCCUGCGCGUGAGCGGCUCGGGCGGCGGCGGCGCGGGCAAGACGGUCAAGUGCGUGUUUCUGGAUGAGGACGACGACGACGACGACGACGAGGAGGAGCUGCAGCUGCAGAUCAAACAGGAGCCGGACGAGGAGGACGAGGAACCACCGCACCAGCAGCUCCUGCAGCCGCCGGGGCAGCAGCCGUCGCAGCUGCUGAGACGCUACAACGUCGCCAAAGUGCCCGCCAGCCCUACGCUGAGCAGCUCGGCGGAGUCCCCCGAGGGAGCGAGCCUCUACGACGAGGUGCGGGCCGGCGCAACCUCGGGCGCCGGGGGCGGCAGCCGCCUCUACUACAGCUUCAAGAACAUCACCAAGCAGCACCCGCCGCCGCUCGCGCAGCCCGCGCUGUCGCCCGCGUCCUCGCGCUCGGUGUCCACCUCCUCGUCCAGCAGCAGCGGCAGCAGCAGCGGCAGCAGCGGCGAGGACGCCGACGACCUGAUGUUCGACCUGAGCUUGAAUUUCUCCCAAAGCGCGCACAGCGCCAGCGAGCAGCAGCUGGGGGGCGGCGCGGCGGCCGGGAACCUGUCCCUGUCGCUGGUGGAUAAGGAUUUGGAUUCGUUCAGCGAGGGCAGCCUGGGCUCCCACUUCGAGUUCCCCGACUACUGCACGCCGGAGCUGAGCGAGAUGAUCGCGGGGGACUGGCUGGAGGCGAACUUCUCCGACCUGGUGUUCACAUAUUGAAAGGCGCCCGCUGCUCGCUCUUUCUCUCGGAGGGUGCAGAGCUGGGUUCCUUGGGAGGAAGUUGUAGUGGUGAUGAUGAUGAUGAUGAUAAUGAUGAUGAUGAUGGUGGUGUUGAUGGUGGCGGUGGUAGGGUGGAGGGGAGAGAAGAAGAUGCUGAUGAUAUUGAUAAGAUGUCGUGACGCAAAGAAAUUGGAAAACAUGAUGAAAAUUUUGGUGGAGUUAAAGUGAAAUGAGUAGUUUUUAAACAUUUUUCCUGUCCUUUUUUUGUCCCCCCUCCCUUCCUUUAUCGUGUCUCAAGGUAGUUGCAUACCUAGUCUGGAGUUGUGAUUUUUUUCCCAAAAAAUGUGUUUUUGUAAUUACUAUUUCUUUUUCCUGAAAUUCGUGAUUGCAACAAAGGCAGAGGGGGCGGGGCGGGGGAGGGGAGGUAGGACCCGCUCCGGAAGGCGCUGUUUGAAGCUUGUCGGUCUUUGAAGUCUGGAAGACGUCUGCAGAGGACCCUUUUGGCAGCACAACUGUUACUCUAGGGAGUUGGUGGAGAUAUUUUUUUUUUUUUCUUAAGAGAACUUAAAGAACUGGUGAUUUUUUUUUAACAAAAAAAGGGACCAUUACAACUUUUGUUAAUUUAAUUUUUUUUUUUUUUUUUUUUUUUUUUUUUUUGGAGGGAGAAAACUGAUGUCUUCUAUGCAUCCGAUUCUUAACAAAACUGCAGGGAGCUUGAAAAAAUGCAGACUGUACAAACGCUUACAAAAAAAAAAAAACUGUGAACUGACUUAAGAUCAGAGUUUACUUUUCAGAUCAAAUUGUUUAUGGUUUUACAAAUGUGAUUUCUACUUGCCAACUUUUUUUUUGUAACUUGUUCCCUUAUACCUCCUUGAUUGAAUACCAGACAGCCUAGACCUCAGUACAAAAGGUAUUGAAACAUUUUUGAUACAUAACAGACCUCAGUCUUUUUUAAAAAUUAAUAUAUUUUCAGGCGUAUUUUUGUACAGUGAAAAGGGAACAUUCUUGCUGUGUUUUUUCAGUAAGACUUUCAGGCACUUCUUCCCUUUUGAUUUCUUUUUUUUCCUCUGUUUUUUAGCAUGCAAGUAUGUUGGUACGUUAUGUCCUGGUUUAAAAAGGAUUAAAAUUUUAAAAUAAUCCUUGCAUCUAAAGGCCUUGUGGUUUAAAAAAAAAAAGCAAACUUUUUUUUGUACAGCUAUAGUAGAGAUUUGUUCAAUAUUUGUAGGUAAAGAUUUAUUGAAAAUGGUGAUAUAGACCUCAGAGCUGUUAUCUUAGUUUAAAGAUUGUAUAUGUACUGUACUAUAGUAGGACUUUAUGUAUCUCAUACGCUGUGAUGUGGAUGGGGCCCCAGAUGGAAGGUUUGAAACUGGAUUCUCGAUUUUUAGCAAAAAAGAAAAAAAAAAGGCACAUAGUUUAAAAAGUUUCUCAUUUUGUGCAAUAUAAUCUAAAUAAAGUACAGACCAUCUGCAUAUUUUGUAGCAAAUGGUGGCAAAGCAGACUCAAUGCACUGUCGACAUCAUUGCUUGUUUUUUGUUUUUUUUUUUUUUUUUGUGCUGGAAGUCUGUAUCUUGACAAUUUUAAUAAAUCAGCUGGAACUGAUAGAAACUCGCAUCGCCAAUAGUCUCUAUGGAAGUCAAACUGGAGGUUCUGCUGUCGCAGAGCAUUCGGUGGUGAGGCUGUUGUGUGCGCGGAUGAGGGGAGGUGGCAGGAGAGAAUUCUACAUUUAGGGGGUUAGGCUGAAAAGUGUUCAAUUAGCAGGCUGAUUUCUUUUUCCUCUUUCGCUAGUUGUGAAAGACAGGGGAAGGGUGUUCUUUCUCUCUGCCCUCCCUUUCCAUCUCCAGCUCCCCAUUUCCUUUCUCACCUCCUCCUCCACUCCCUGCCUCUUCUCCCCACCCAUCCUGGCGGGCGGGCUGCGCGGAGGCUCGGGAGCUGGCCGGGGAGGGGCGGAUGGAGGGGCCUGGGUUGCCAGCUCGCUUGGUCGGGGUCCUGUUCGCUGGGGCUUGUGUGUUCUCUGCGGCGGGCCGCGUCCCUGCUGAGCCUCGCGGUGACAGCCGCCUUUGGCAGCGAGGGCUCGGGGCACUUCUAUCCCCGCCUCUCAAAGGGUGGGGACAGCCGUUACCAGAUUUGAAUUUUUUCUGUUCUUUAUUUUUAACGCUGCAUCUUCGCGUGUGCUCAGAGGUGGUUGUUGGCGGAGAACGCCGCCGCAGUGUUUGACCUCUAGCGGUGAAGGGGGAAGGGGAAGAGGAAAGGAGAGAAGUGGUCGGUGUCUGUUUCCUUCUGUCCCCCGGGGCCGUGGAGCUGUCGGAGGGAAGGAGGACGAUGCAGGGCCGCACGGGGCGCGGGGCGCGGCGGGACCCAGGCUACGAGCGGGAGGGAGGCGGGAGUCGGGGGAAGACGCGGCAGGCCGGCCGAGGGCACCCCGAGGAACAUGGCAUGGCCUCUGUGCGAUCCGAGUCGCGGUCUCCGGGGUGCCUGGGAGGGCCGAACCACUGGUGAGGGCGUGGGGAGCAGGGGGUGGCAGAGGGCACCCGGGCGGUAGCCCGGGACGCACAAGGCAGAGCCCUGACGCUCCGGGUCCCCGUGCCUGGCUCUUCUUGCCUCGCCACCGCGUGCUCCUGGGCGCGCCCCGCCGCGGGCCCUUGAGGCGCGCGGAGACACCAGCGCUGGCUUCCCGGGCCCGCGGGCCGGGGAGGGAAGCCUCGGGGCUGCGGGGUGAGAGGAAGAAAGCAAACCCGGGGAGCAGGCGGCUGCCGCACCCGCGCACCUCGGGCCCUCACCACGCCCUCCCCGCGCGCCGGCUCAGGGGCUGCCCCGGAAUCAGCUCCCCGGGGCCGCCGCAACAAAGGUGGAUCCGCAUCUUGAUUGUUCUCCGGGAGCCUCCUGGGGGCUCCGGCGGCGGCGCGGGCGCGACCCAUCCCGCUGGCGCUCCCCGCUCGCUGAGCACCGUUUGCCUGUCCACACCCCCUCGCUCCCCACCAUUUUUUCCUGACCGGCCUGUGUCCCCGAGCCCUCGCGGCAGGCCCGAGCAGGCGAUCGCGGCCGGGCACGCGCGCCCCGGGCUCCCGCCCCCCUUCCGAGCAUCCGCCGCCUCUUUUCUGCUGGGUCCGGGAGGAGGGAGGCUGGGAGGCCGCUCGGGGCCCAGCGUGCCAGCCCCGGAGUUCAGCCUCCCGAGCUGCGGCGCCCGCAGCGGAGGAGGUUUGCAGUGGCUGAUUGAAACUCACUGCAAAAUCACCACGACUCUUUCACCUACUGAAAUGAUUGACCGAGGUUUGGCCUUCCAUUUUUACUGAGAUUUGGCGAGACCGAAUGGAAGCGUCCGCACAGUAACUGCAGCUGCUAGGCCAGAGGGGCCCCGGCGCCCUUCCCGCCUCCCCUCCCGCUUGCUUUUGCCUUACUAGAUCUUACCACCACCCCACCCCCGGGCCCCCGACUGAGAACUCGGGCCUCUCACCCGCCCCCCAGCCUCCCGCUCUGGGCGAGCCUCCUCCCCAGCCCCCACCCCUGGGAUGCGAAGCUAGUGCAGAUGGACAGGUUUCUUUUCUGUGGCUUUUUCCUUUCGAUAAACCAUCAGAUUUCAGUAGUACAUUUGGGAAAAGAAGGGGCUGAUGGCGUUAACCAGGUUCUCAAUAUAGAACUGGAUUUCUGGAGUUGUUUACCUUACCCCACACCCCCUCAACAUGUAGACUAAUGCAGCCAUUGGUGGUACAUUUAUUUUAGCCACGAAUAAUUGAACCAGCGGUUUACAAUUGACACUUGCUCCGUGCUGGUGAUUUUAUGUGGCAGCCCUCUGCUGCAGUUCCGAAACUUGUUGGCAACGUAAAGCCAUUGAUAGGCUGAUCUAUGUAUUUUGAAAACCCGAAAACUUGGCAUGUAUUUUCUGUUUUAAUCAUAGAUGAAUCUUGGACAUUUUCUGUGGUGAGGUGGAAACUUUAAGUAAAUUAGUAAAGUAAUAAUUUGGCUUCAGAAUGGGAAGAGAUAGUCAAGAUUUUUUUUUUUAAAGCCAUGUGGCCUAACUUGAUACAAAAAUAAAAGUAAUUGUUUGGCAAUCUAAAUUUAAAACCUGUUAGAACUCAGGACAGGCGCUUCAAUGCGCUUUUUAACAAUAUUUAAGGCUGUUUUGAUGAGUGCGUUGUGAGAAUCAUCUUAAUGAAUUCUUUAUUGAAUGUCUAAAACAUAAUAUAAUACACACGGUAUUCUUGCCACUGGAUAGUCUUCAAUAAAAGUUUAAUUGAUUUUUUUUUGUUGUUGGUCUCUUAAGUAAGUCUUAUUUUUAACUAAGCAUUGACAGAAUAUCUUAAAAUGGUAACCUGGGGGUGGGGGGUGGGUGCUUUGUGCACGGCAGCCUAGCCAGUGGGGAUCCUGCUGUUUAUUAUAAGUAGUUCACAGACUCUGAUGGCAUUUUGGCAAGCUUUCCAUCUUUAAGAAAUUGAACCAGCAUUCUCUUAUUAAUUCUUUAAACUGUGGAAGUAAUUUCCAGUUCUUACACUCUGAUAUGCAUCCCUUUUAUUUAAAAAAAAAUGCUAAUAAAAGGCAGUGUACUUAAACUGUGCUUUGCAAAUAUUAUGUAUGUUAUGAAUGACUACAGACACUGGGCAAAUUAUUUGUAGAAUGAUUAUCCUUUAGCUAGAGAAAGAAAUCAUUACAACUCUUUUGGGCAGAGAUGUUUCUUUUUAAUGUUAAUCAAGGGGAAGUGAUUUAAAUAUGCAUAAAUGUAGCAGUCAGGGUGAUUUAGUUGCUUUUUUCAUGAAAGAAAAAGACUCAAAAGACAAGACUUAUUUUUCUCUUCUGGGACUUGAAAUCAUAAUCAUCUGAUACUAGUACAGUACAAGAAAUUUACAUUUGUUUUUUACUUCAGAAUUUAAGUGACUUUUGCCCAAGGAAUUUGAGAAAUAAGGCAAAUAAGUUGCUCUAUUUUAAAGUAGUCAUUCAAUAUAAAUAUAUUAUAUCAAUCUUAACUUUUUUAUUCUCUGAUAUGAUUAAUAAUAUGUAUAUUCUUACUUUUCUUCUAAUGGGCAUAUGUAUCCUUGUGGACACUUUGAGAGAGGUUUUCUUGGACUCUCCCAUUUAUAGAAUCUUUAUACUCUUUUACUGUGUGGUUCCCUGCUUUUAACAGAUUUCUGAGGCAAAUAUAUUUGUGCUUUUUUCUUAUGUAGGAAGACCAGCGAAAAUAGUUUACUGAGUUGUCAAUUUUAUCAGUAGAUAAGAAACUUUCUUUAUUACAGUUUCAGGGAAGAUUUUUUCAGGAUAUUUCUCAGUUAUUCUAAGGGCCAAAUUUUGUAAAAUUUCCAUUAGGAAUGUCAGUUUCAAAUACCCUUUGUAUAGCCUAAGCCUGUGAGGAUAACAAGAAUGAGCCUUACCUAUCCUAACACAGGGAUUUACAAGUUCCCAAAGUAACCGUCUCCAUGUAACUCUUGACAUACUUUUCUGAGAUUUGGCUUAUUUUUAUUAUUGGUUCUUUCUCACUGUUCAUUCUAUUUGAUUUAUUCUACAACAUCCCCUUUUAUUUGAUGAUCUGGAAAAUUCUGCUCUUUGAUAACAACUCAGGAUUUUUUUGUUCAGUUUUGGGUUUUGCCCCUUCCUGUGGAGCCUACGUUUUCAACCACAAUAAAGAUGAAACAAAAUUUAUGAAACUGAGCUCUCUUCCAUUUUACUUACUGCUGGCUUUUUUUUUUCCUUGAUUCCUACCAUACCUUCGUUUUUUUCAUUGUAUUUUUUUAACACUACCUAUAUCCAUUAGCUGCCUAAUUAGUUUUAUCUGUUCCAUGUGGAUGCAGUGAGUUUAUAAGAGAAUUUCACAAACAAGUAGUUUUUUAGUGAACUUAAAAUAAACAGAAUUUUAAAGGAGACCUAUUUUUAUACUCAAUAAAAGCACAAAAGUGCAGAAAGUAUAAAACGGCUUACAAAGGGAGACACAAGUUCAUAAUGUUCCAUGUAUAAAAGUAAUAACUUUAUUGGGUAGAGAUAUUCUUACAAGAUCUAGCACCUCUGCCAGUGCACAGAUAGGACUGUUUUAAGUGAUUUGGGAACUUCUGGUUGCCUGCAGUUGUGAACAGAGAACUUCUCUACAGAGAAACAAACCACUAAAAGCAAUAUGACCGAGUUGAGAUGUGGUUUCCAAUGAGCAAUUGGUGAAUUUAAGCAACCUGGAUGUGCAUAUGUGGAGGCUCCCGUCUCACUGUUUGAUCAAACUUCUUUUAUGUAGUCACGUAGACUUGAUUUUUUCUGCUGUGAAAAUGAAAAAAUAAAGCAAUAUGACAAAAAGUUUAAAAAUGCAUAAAAAAUAGGAUUUCCUCUAGGCUCCUCGAAGAGAUUUUUUAAAUAUGAUGCUUGUCUUACUUUCUUAGACACGUUACAUUUCCCCUUCCAAAAAAAAAAAAAAAAAAAAAAAGGACAACUGGAAGUAAUUUAUCAUAUAAAGAAUUUUGAUCAAAUAGAUAUUGACAAAGGGCCCUCUGUCACAUUUUUCUUCAUCCAGCUUUUGUUCAAAAACAGUAUGCCUCCUCCCUUGAAUCACAUAGGGAGAAACGUUAUACUCCAUUCUCAUUAAUUUCCCAUUUUGUCUACUUUUACUCUUGUACAUACGUUGUGGGUUUAAGAGUCUUUUGCAUUUGUUCUGUGACACCUUUUUUUGAAUUGACUGUUUUAAAACGGAGGCCUAUUUUUUCCGGUUUGGGACUCCUAGUGGUUAUGGCAUCCCAUAAUGCUUCGUGACGGCCACCAGGACAGAACCACCUGAUGUUUUAGAGCAGUUUUCAGCAUGACACUGUUAACAAGUGUGUAUUUUCCAAGGCCACAUGAAACUUACUUUCUUAGCCACUCCAGGUUUGGGAGCAGAAAAGCUGAAAAACCCUUUUGUGUAGAAGUCUGAGUGGUUUGUGGGGGGGACCUUUUUUAGAGUUUGCAUGCCAGCGCACGACCUAUUGCUGUGAAACAGAGAGAAGGUAAAGCUACCUGAGGCAGUGCGCUGGAGGAUGAAGUGUUUGAUAGCACUAGGGGGGAAAGAAAAUGCAUGGCAAAGUUUCGUCUUCUCGUAGACUAUCUAGCAUGCAGAGUGUAGUGUGUUGAAACGGUGUAUGACAUUGCUGUAUCAAAGUUGUAAAAUUAAGCAUUAUUUAUUGAAAACUAUGUAUUUUUUUGUAAAAACCUGAUCACAUAGAGAGUAUCAGUGGCUUGUGCUUGUGCUUCGAUCGAACCAGCUUCUUGACCCACCCCCCCUUGGUAUGCAGUGUUAAUGCUCAGGGUUGAAAAUAGUACACUCCAAUGUCUCUUUUGCAAGAGUUUUUCACAGAGGAUUACAUUUGUUCAAAAGACUCUAAUAAAAUUGUGUGAUCAAUCUUCA